CAUCUGCAUUCAGUAUAAUUUAAAACAGUUCAAGAUUGACACGCCUAGUGUGACGUUGCGAUGUAGCUCCGCCUUGACUGUUUCAACUAGGUCGUCUGAGUGACUGUAAAGCUUCUCGAUUGUAGCGCUAGAAUGUAUUCUUGAGUCAAAGAUACAACUACUAUCAUGUCAGGAAGAGGCAAAGGAGGCAAAGGGCUUGGAAAAGGUGGCGCUAAGCGUCAUCGCAAAGUUUUGCGUGAUAACAUCCAGGGUAUCACCAAACCUGCCAUCCGUCGUCUUGCUCGCCGCGGUGGGGUCAAACGCAUCUCCGGUCUGAUCUAUGAGGAGACUCGCGGUGUUCUCAAGGUGUUCCUGGAGAAUGUGAUCCGUGAUGCCGUUACCUACACAGAGCACGCCAAGAGAAAGACCGUGACAGCCAUGGAUGUUGUGUAUGCACUGAAACGUCAGGGCCGCACUCUGUAUGGCUUUGGAGGUUAAACGUUACUACAACAACUUAAAA